GCAUGCGCAGUGGAACUCACGGGAAGCCAUGUUAAAGUUACAGACAAGUACUGAGACUGAGAUUCCCUUCUGACGCCGUAUGUUUGUUUUUUUGCUCUUUUCUCAUUUCGUUCGCGUCAGGGACCCCAGCAAAUCUAACACUGACUGUCAGAGGUAGGAGUCCCCACGAUGAACUCUAGUUUCGAUCUGUCUAGGCGAAAUCCGCAAGAGGAUUUCGAGCUUAUCCAGAGGAUAGGCAGCGGGACCUACGGGGAUGUUUACAAGGCCCGUAAUGUCACUACAGGAGAGCUGGCUGCUAUCAAGGUCAUUAAACUGGAGCCAGGCGAGGACUUCGCGGUGGUUCAGCAGGAAAUAAUCAUGAUGAAAGACUGCAAGCACUCUAACAUUGUGGCCUAUUUCGGUAGUUACUUAAGGAGGGAUAAAUUAUGGAUAUCCAUGGAAUACUGUGGAGGAGGUUCGCUGCAAGACAUAUAUCACGUGACCGGGCCACUAACAGAAUCACAGAUAGCAUAUGUAACAAGAGAAACCCUUCAGGGUUUAUAUUACCUGCACAACAAAGGAAAGAUGCACAGAGACAUAAAGGGUGCCAAUAUUUUAUUGACGGACAAUGGUUAUGUCAAACUAGCUGAUUUUGGCGUGUCUGCACAGAUCACAGCCACACUAGCUAAACGAAAAUCCUUCAUUGGGACGCCAUACUGGAUGGCUCCAGAAGUUGCUGCUGUGGAGAGGAAAGGAGGCUACAAUCAUCUGUGUGAUAUCUGGGCUGUCGGCAUCACUGCCAUUGAACUAGCUGAACUGCAACCACCCAUGUUUGACCUGCACCCAAUGAGGGCGCUGUUUUUGAUGACGAAAAGCAACUUUCAACCCCCCAAAUUAAAAGACAAAGUUAAAUGGACCAAUAAUUUCCACAACUUUGUGAAGCUGGCGUUGACAAAAAAUCCAAAGAAACGGCCUCCAGCGGAUAAGUUACUACAGCAUCCUUUAGUCUCCCAACCACUGAGUCGUAUUUUGGCGAUUGAGCUGCUGGACAAAGCGAACAACCCAGACCACUCGUCCUACACAGACCUGGACGAUGACGACCCAGAGCCAGAGCCUCCAGUGUCUGUUCCACACCGGAUUCGUUCAACGAGCCGCACAAGUCGGGAAGGGAAAACUCUGUCAGAGAUUAACUUUGGUCAGGUGAAGUUUGACCCUCCUUUAACAACAGAGACAAAACCGCAUCAUGAACAGCUCGACACUGACGAUUUUUUGGAUUGUGCCGAAGAAAUAUACUACACUGCAAGAUCUAAUCUGGAUUUGCAGAUGGAUUAUGAACAGGGAUCCCCUAAAGGCUCCAUCUUGGGAGGAAAUAAGAGCCUCUUGAAAUCUGUUGAAGAAGAGCUGCAGCAGAGGGGGCAUGAGGCUCAUUUGGAGGAUGAUGAUGAGGGUGAAGAUGAUGGUGAUGAUCAUGAUGAUGAAUUGCAACACACGAAAAGCUCCACCAUGAGGCCCAAGGUCCCUCCACCUCUUCCUCCCAAGCCAAAGCCCAGUCCGGGACCACAUCAAAGUCCCUCUGCUGAUCCUGACAGGAAUAACCAGGGCACAAUAAAGCGCUGCCCGGAACCCGAAAGCCCUGCUCGAUCAUCCACCAGCGUCCCUCCUCGACCUCCACCUCCUCGACUGCCUGCAUACAAGCUCAGCAGUUUAGGUAAUGAGACCCAUCAGGAAGAACACGGCCUGUGGGGAGCCCAGGGGGAUGCUGGGAUAUGUAGUCAGUUCGACCAGAGGCUUCAAGUCUCGUUUGACGAUGAGGAAAAUCAUGAUGAGGAAGAAAACAGUAAUGGAAUAAGCCCAUCUGAACACUCUGCGUCAACAGAGAGACAGUCCACGAUGCCCCCUGCUGUUCCUGUACCAAAGGACAAGAAAGAUUUUCCAAAACCCAUCAGCAAUGGUCUUCCGCCAACUCCAAAGGUUCAUAUGGGAGCAUGUUUCUCGAAAGUCUUCAAUGGCUGCCCAUUAAAAAUACACUGCGCUACCUCAUGGAUCAACCCCGACACACGAGACCAGUAUCUGAUAUUUGGAGCAGAGGAAGGCAUUUACACAUUAAACCUGAAUGAGCUGCACGAGACCUCCAUGGAGCAGCUUGUCCCCAGGAGAUGUACUUGGCUGUAUGUCCUGAGCAACAGCCUGCUAUCAAUAUCUGGAAAAGCUUGUCAUCUGUACUCUCACAGUCUGUCUGGUCUGUUUGAACACGCUCGACAAAUGCAGAAACUGCCUGUUUCCAUCCCGACACACAAACUGCCUGACAAAAUGAUUCCCAGGAAGUUCUCAGUGUCCAAUAAGAUCCCUGAGACUAAAGGCUGUCAGAAGUGCUGUGUAGUGAGGAAUCCAUAUACUGGCCACAAGUACCUGUGCGGUGCCUUUCAGUCCAGCAUUGCUCUGUUUGAGUGGGUGGAGACCAUGCAGAAAUUCAUGUUGGUCAAGAGCAUAGACUUCCCCCUGCCGUGUCCGCUGGAGGUGUUUGAGAUGCUGGUGGUUCCUGAGCAUCAGUAUCCGCUCAUCUGCAUCGCCGUCAGCAAAGGCACAGAGCUCAACCAGGUGGUGCGCUUCGAGACCCUCAACCCCAACUCCACCUCCAACUGGUUCGAUUCUGAUACGCCACAGAGUUGUGUGAUCCAUGUGACUCAGCUGGAGAGAGAUACAAUAUUAGUCUGCUUAGAUCGGUGCAUUAAGAUUGUGAAUCUGCAAGGCCGCUUGAAGUCCAGUCGAAAACUCUCUGCAGAACUGACUUUUAACUUUCAGAUCGAAUCGAUAGUUUGCCUUCAGGACAGCGUGUUGGCCUUCUGGAGGCAUGGUAUGCAAGGACGCAGCUUCAAAUCCAAUGAGAUUACACAGGAGAUUUCUGACAACUCCAGGAUAUUCAGGCUGCUGGGUUCAGACAGAGUGGUGGUUUUGGAGAGCCGACCGACAGAUAAUCCCACAGCACACAGCAACCUUUACAUCCUGGCAGGCCAUGAAAACAGCUACUGACCGCAUUGCAUCCUGGG